GUAUGGAGGCAUCCAUGGCGGCGGUCCUACCACAAGCGGAGGAAAGCUCAGUGGGAGACGGACCCCAACUACUGCCAGCUGGUGAGGGAGAUUCCGCCUUACGACAAGGGACGCAGACUUUACGAUCUCAUGGACAUGUCUGUGUUCGAUUUUCUCAUGGGGAACAUGGAUAGGCAUCACUACGAGACGUUUAGGUUAUUUGGUAACAACACGUUCACCUUACAUUUGGAUCAUGGGCGUGGAUUUGGUAAGCCCUUUCAUGAUGAACUAUCCAUCUUGGGUCCUCUACUACAGUGCUGUAUGCUACGGCAGUCAACAUUAGAAACAUUAUUGAGGUUCCACAACGGCCCCACCAAACUGAGCGAGGCGCUGCGUCAGAGCUUGGCCAGAGACCCCAUCGCCCCUAUACUGUGGGAACCCCACCUAGUCGCCAUAGACCGUAGAGUGGAGAUCGUGCUGAGGGGCCUCCGAGAGUGCCUGCAGAAAGGCGAAAACCCCGUCUCGGAGAACAGUGAGGACACGUAGUGACUCAUGCCACUGAAUAGGCCCAAAUUGUAAUUAUUGUAAUAUUUGUAAACUAAUGUACAGCUUUGGGAUUUUCUUUCUCUGAUAUAUUCCGCAAAGAGUUUUUGAAAUUAGUUCAAUAUUAAGAAUAAUUUCAUUUAACGGAACAGUAAGAAUUUCGGUAUAAACAUUACGAUAUUGGAGUUAGUACAAAAAAUACUCGCAAAGAGCAAAAGUCAACAACAAAUAAGCUAGUUGUUUCUACCGUGAAUGAAAGAGUUAACUAUACUGGAAGAGUACACUUAUUGACCCAAAAGUAAGUCCCAAAAUUUUAAUCAUUUAUCAACUCAUCAAAAGCAAUAACUUUUGUCUAGUAAUUUUUCCCGAAAUUCACAUUUUCGUGCGGUAUUUUGUACCCAUUAUAAUAACGCCAACAAGCUGCCUAUGGAUUAAAAAAACAUAUAAGUAACUUCCGCAGUUGUUUAAUGCUAAAAAUCAAAAUAUUAUUCAUUGACAUUUUUGAGCUUUUUAUGUCUCAAUUAAACGAUUCAACUUAUGUUCCAGUUAACAAAACGUUACUUAUCUUAAAAACUUGUAUUUGAUUAAUUAUAUGUUAAAACUUUGGGACACUUUAUACAGCCAAUGGUGUUUAAUAUUUUCUGUUUAUAGCUUUUAAUGAACUGGAAAUGUAACAAUUAUGUGCUUAAAAAAUGAUUUGCUACCAUCAAAAGGUCGAAUAAAAAUCAAUAUUACGAAAGAUAAAUACAUGUUAAUAUGUAUAGAAAAAUAUUUUAAAUGACGUUAGAAUUGAAGAACUUCUAUGUUGAUUCGUUGAGAACCUAUUUUAAAACAUACAGGGUGUUUUUUAUGGCAUAUGGUUUGGAAAUUUUAUACCAUCUGAUUGAUAUUAGAUUUGAUAUCCAGGAGCGGAAGGACAUGAUCGAUCUAUUGAAAGCAAUCAAGUUGUUGCCAGAAUAAAAAAACUUAUUUAUAUUUUUUUAACGAAACAUUCUAUACAUUUUUACUUAUUUGGAUAAAACCUAUUUUGCUCUUAGUGUCAUAUAUAAUUCGAUGAGGGAAACAUAUCUAAGAGAGUGUGUCAUACAGCCAGGUACGUAUACGAGGCAAAGCAAAAACCUUACGAAUGCACAAAUGUAUGUAGACGUUAUAUCGAGGUGUCUCAUCCAUGAUUUUGCUUGUUUUUUGCCUUGUUUCCAAACCAUUCAUGCUCAGAUAUGUACCUAGCUUAUGAUAAUAUGUUAGAUAAACACUCCGUCAGCUAAAGACUCCUUUGCAAAGCAACUACUGACAAUUAGCACAUUUUCACUGUAACUGUAAGAAAAGUUGUAUCCAAAUAUGUAAAUCCGGUUUCUGUUAUAUCUGACUGGAAACAGCAAUUUGGCCAACAGAUUGCAAGCGUUUUACGGGUAUGCCAUUUAUAUAACACCCUGUAUAUAUUAAUCAAUGAAUGUGAAACAAUAUUUUAUCUAGAUCACGAUCUAAACUUUCUCCUUUCUAUAGUAAACUGUUUUCUUUUUCUAUUUUUCCGUUAUGAACAUUUGCAUCAUUUUGAUAUCAGAGGAAGGAAAAAUUUUGUACAUAUUACUGUAAUUAUUUAAUUUUUUCUGAGACUAUAUAAAUAAAUUUAUAUUUAUUAAACACCAAAAACAUAAUGUUACCAACUCGUCUGAUAAUCAUAUUAGUAAAGGUACAAUCAGUUUGUUAUUGGUAUUAUUGAAAAGAGUUUUUUUUUUCUGCACGCAGCAAUAGUCAUUUCAUACCAAAAAUGUGCUAGGGAUAUUUUAGUUGUUAUGUUUUUCUUAGUUUACUUGUAAUGCUCAAUAAUUAUUUUUGACAUGUUACCUAUUUAGUAAAUACUAGGACGAAAAAUUAUAAUUUAAAAAAAGUGCCAAUGAUAUUUUUAUUGAUGUAUGAAUUAUCGUUAAAAUUUUAAUUUUAGGUGACUUAUUUAAAUAGGUAACAAUGUAUGAGGUUUUCAAGAUAUCUAUUUUUACUGUUUUAUUAUUUACGGGAAGACUUAGGUAUAUACAGGGUGCAUUUUCAAUUCAGUCACAGACAAUAUUGUUUCUUUUAGUUUAAUGAAUCACUAUAUAAAUAAUAAUUUGUAUCCAUCCAAAAACCUGCUAAUCACUUUCUUUUAUCAGUUACACCCUGUAUAUUCUAUACAAUGUGUGGGUUAGGUAGCAAUAAGUCAGUGAUUCAUUAUGGUUGAAACUGAUUAGUUUAUAGUGUAUAUAAAAAAAUACAAAAUGUAAAUUAUUGUAAUAUAUAAAUAAGCAGCAGAAAAUGUAUCAAACACAGUAAUAGGUUUCAUAAAAUUUAGUAUUUGAUACAUUUUGUAUACUAAUAAUUAUAUGAUAUUAAGUGAAAAUAUACCAAAGUUGACUGUUGCAAUGUGAUCAAUAAAUAUAAAAUUGUAUGUG